GGGAAAAACCCAUAAAAAAACCAAAAAUAAACAAAGUGUGAGCUCUCCGUUUCCUUGCAGGAUAUUGAUAAUGUCGAGGAUUGUUAAGGAAAGGAUGCGCACAAAUUUUUGUUUGUCUCACUUUUCUGCACAAAAUCUUUGGUUAUUUUGGUUUUUCCGGGAAUAUAGGGAUUAAUUAAUAAAUUUUCUUGGUCUCUUCAAGACCAAAGCGACAAUUAAGUCGACUGAUAGCCCUGCAGAAGCUCCAAAGAAACGAAUAAGCAGAGUUCAGGAAGAUGAUCCAGCUAAGAAAACCCCGUCUAAAGGAGUUUCUGGGAUUAAACCCAAGGUUUCAAGUCAGGUAACGUCCCAUGUGAGAGCCGGAGAGAAAGUUUCAACUGCCGGAAUCCGCAAACAGCCGUCCAUAUCUGACAAAGUGCCUUUGAAAAAACCAAUAAAGAUCGAAUUGAAAACCACAACAAAAUCCUCAAAUAAAUCACUUCCUCUCAAGGCUAAACCCAUUCCUGGGUUGUCUAAGAACAAUGUCAUGUCCCAGGUGCAUAAUGUUACAGUAUCCUCUCCUCCGUCGCAGCGAAAAAUGCCUGAAAUUCCUGAAAUUGUUCAUCUGCCGCGGGAUCGAACAAGAACAAGGACACUGGAUCCAGAAGAGAUUGUUGUUCUGAAGAAUAAACCUCAGCCAGAGCCUGAAGUACCAUCUGACGAGAUAGAUUCUUCCAUCUCGGAACCUGUAAAACCUGCAGUGGCCUUUGAAGUGAACUUUGAGGAUGAAAAACCAAAGGAAUCACUCAAAGAGAGGAAGAAGAAUUCACCCGAAGAACAGGAAUACAACUAUGAGGAUGAUUUUGAGUCCUAUGAAUCAGAUUUUGAGUCUGAGACUUCAUCGAGGGCCGACAGUAAGUCCAUUGAAUUGUCCGAAGGGGAGAAAAGUGACUCAACGGAGGAAUCUUUAGAAUCCUCAACGCCAACAACAUCCCCGGAAAUCCAUCAAAGUUCCAAGGAUGAGGAAAGAAAACUCGAUUCCGGAAACUACGAACUUCACAUUCAACGUGAAAGGUCCCCUCUGGACAAUAUUGAGGAACAGAAUGACUCUGGAGUUACUUUUGGUGAGGAAAUUGUUUCCGGAUUGCGUCGGGAAGUUGCAAAAAAUUCCCGUGGAGACGAAUUGAUGAAGAAAAUCUCCUUGGAUAUUAUGACAUUUUCGCUGUUUGAGCUGAAACCCAUUCCCUAUGACUACUACAUGAAAGUCUACGGGCAGGGAAAUACCGCACAGAUCUCAACGCAAACGGAUAACAAUGAAUUGGAUCAGGAUACACAGACUGAAGAAAAUGAGACCGAAAGCAUCUGGACACAGUGUCCUCCGACAUUCUCCAAGGAAAUCCUCCAUGACGGCAUGGGACUGUCGUAUCACGAGGAGCGAAUGGGCGUUGGAAGUGACACCAGGAGAACUCAUAAAUUCAGCAAUCUCAAUCAGAUUUCUCUGCAUCACAUUGACUACGAGAGUCUCAAUCAGUUCCUGCAAAAAUCAGCCGUUGCCGUUGCAAGCAUUGUGCAGAAGAAGUUGGAAGGGAAGACUCUGAAAUCAUCCACAAUUCCCUCCAGUACAGGAUACUACAAUUUGUCCCUGGAUCAUGAAAUAUUCAAGAACUACCAAAUAUUGAGGAUUUUUACCGACAGAGAAAUACCCAAUGUCCUCGUGACUGUUCACCAUUUGCACGAUGCUGCCCAGGAACCUCUCUCCUUUGCCCAUUUAAUGGGCGUCUGGAAUAUCCUGGACCCGAAAUAUCCCAUGAAGAUUUUGACCAGUUGGAGUGAUAUUUCUUGUGUCCUUGUUCACAAAUCCUCUCCUGAAACAGUCAUUUCCGCCUCUUCUGACGGAUCCCUCUUGCUCUACGACAUACGAGAAUCCCUGCAGGGUCAAGAGGACGAGAAGAUUCUAGGACAAGCACCUUGUCAAUUGAUAAUCCCAAAGAUACCCGAUAAUCCAACAGAUAUCGGCCAAAUUGUCAGAUUGAAGAGCAUGGAGUGGAAAUCUGAAGGGGAUUUCUUCAAGGAAUUCAACCCAAUUCAGAUUUGCUCCCUUCAUGAAGACGGAAUUUUAAUUGUAUGGGUCCUUGUUGAAACUUCCUCAACUGAUCUCACAGUGGCAUCCAGUGGGAAUGCCUGUGAUCACACUUUCAGCAACAUAAAACUAAUUCAGAGCAAUAUUUUCGAUCUCCGGCCGAUUUUGAUGAAAGAUAGACCACCAAGGAAUAAUUUUGAAAGGAAACUAUCGUAUUUUGAGAGUGAUUUAUUCAGUGAUACUGCUUUGAGGGAACUUCAGGGAAAAGAUAGGGCUAAGGAUACAGAUGUAGUGAUACUCUGUACGGAUUUUGAGGCAACAGUUGAGGGGUAUUUUGUAGCCACAAAUAAAUCCUUCAUACUGUUCUUCAAUAAAUCCCCUACAAGAGACAAUAUCAUCAAAAUUCCCUUAGAGGAAACUCACAGUAAAUUCUAUCCGACAAUUAUUGAGAUGUGUCCUUCAAGGGAGAAUUUGUUGAUUGGCUUUUCUGAUGGUUCAGUGAAAUUGAAGCCAAUUGUGGUAGAGGAAGAAGGAGCUUCUGGAGGAAGUUCUGAAGUAAAAGUAACCGAUGAAGAAGUCGAAGAGAACAAUCUAAGUGCAAAAUCAUGUGCCAUUCAGAAUAUUGUGAAGAACGAAAGAAAACUCUAUCAUGAUAGUCAAGCUCUCAAUAAUCUCGAUAGUUCUGAGAUGACAAAAACCUAUGCAUCUCCUCUGAAUGACUUACAGAGAAGAGAACUGAGAGUUGAAGGAACUGUUCUUGGUGGAUCAUAUUUCCGCAAGGAAUUUGUCAGGAAGAUUCAAAUGACAAGAAAACACAUUUUUGCUCUGUGUGGAGAUCACCUAAAGGCAUUUCACUUGAAAGAUCGGCAGGAGAUGGAGAUGGAACUGAAUCAUUUGAAAAUUGUCGAUAUUGGGUCAACUGAUGGCUUUCUAAAGUCACGAUUGGUCAUUGCAACGAAGCGAGAAAUACAAGUUUAUAAUUUUGAUAUAUGCUGAAGAGGCUUAUAAUAUGCAUUUUGUUCGAGAAAUUUGCUCAUCUUUCCCCAAUAACGAUGUCCAAUAGAGGGUUUGCGGUAUCUUUGUUUUUUUCCAUUUUGUU